AUGUUGUUGUUUACUGUCCCUCUUGUGCUUCUGUGGUUUAUCUCAGCAGAUAUCAACGCUGUGGUGCUCACUCUGCUUCAGUCUUGUGCUGGUUGCAUCGUGGAUUACUACCUGCACACCUGGCACCCUCCUCCUGCCUCCCAAUUCUCCUGUUGGUCUCCUGCAAUAUCGUCCAGCUGUGUGGCCACACAGGGCGCGAUUCGCUGGAGCUCACCUGAUUGGUCACCAUGGCCUCUGGGACGACGCCUGCCUCAAGCUCGUUCCAUAUACUUGCGGGACAAAGCCACACAGACCCAGGGCCUGGGGCACGAUGAGAGGAGGAGGGGCUCUCACAAACGCUUCGGCUCCUGCUGGGCUAAGCACCGACCAGUCUCAAAAGUGUGUGCGGCAGCAGCUCCGCGCUGCAAACGCUGCAGCCGCUUCGGAGAGAUAAAGAGCGCAAGUCGCCCUGUUAUUGGCAGCACCACCAUAUCCAAUCUCAGCCUAUGGACGUCCCAGAUCGGGCACAGCGCUCCCCGCAUGUGGUCCCCCAACGCAGCAGUAGCACGCGGAGCAAUCGAUACUCAGACGCCAUCGGGGGGCGGGGGGCAUGAUCGGGAGCCAAUAGCAACUGGGCAGGCAGACGGCCCGAUCCAUCUCACCCUCUUCCUCACUGUGCUGAACGACGACGCGACCGCAGGAGGGGGUGCGCGGUGCCAUGUGGGGUCGUACUGA